AUGCCCUCAUCCUGCAACCGAUGUUACUCCGAUGCCUACGACAUUUCCCCUACCGAUACUCCCUUGUCUUCUCAUACCGCCUCUCCUUCCUUACAGUCCCGUACCGUUGGACGAGCUGGAAAGCCAGACCAGCAAUCUACAACACCUCCAGAAAUCGGAGUUAGCACGUCUCUCACCGGUUGCACCUCCGCCAACCUCGACCCCUUGCCCUCUCCGCUCUCCUCUGCCCCGGCUUCCAGUCAACGAUUAGAAAACCACCCCUGGUUCCUGAAUCGAUCAUCUGGGCGCACUGAUCCGGACAGACUUAUUCGUAAUGGUGGUACUGAUAGCGAAACCUGCGCAAGCUGCAGCCUCACCGUUCCAAAAGGUGUGAGCAAUCAACUCCCGCCAGGUGGCCCGGGAACCCUCAAAGAAGAUGGCAAAACCAGAAAUGGAAGCCCAGUCCUUCGCUCUCGGGAAGUCGUAUACGCCUGUGCCGGAUCCCACUCCGAAUAUGACGACGAUCCACACCACCCACCCCAUUCAUCGCCAGCCUCUCUUCACUCCUCUUCAUCGUCAGAAACGUCAUGUCACACACACAUCGUGAACUAUCUAUCCCUGCGCGGCCCUCCAAAUCCCGAUGAUUACGCGCUGCUGCGCAACGCUUCCAUCCGAACAUUAAGCUGCGAACUCCUACCGCGUGGACUGUCAUCUGGACCCUUAUCAUUCGGCGACUCCGCCUCUGGCUAUACCAUAGCCUACGUCUUCCGCCUACCCGAUCCCAUGGCCCGUGGUAAACGGCGCAGUUAUGCCCUAAUUGCGCUGGCGGGAAAAGAUGCCGGGAGAGCUUUCCGUGCGUCCCCGGUUAUAUGGCGUGUCUUUGGUCGUAUCGCAGCAAGUAUCAUUAAUGCCGCGGAACGGUUCCAGGAUACGGAGAAACGAUGGGAGGAAGGGACCAGCAAUGCUAAAAACAACAAUACGAACAAUAAUAAUACCAACAGUAUGGCCAACGGUCGAAAAUACACACCAAUCUCCUCCUUUCUAACGGGCCGAACGCUGGAUCCGGACGGCCAGCCAAGGCGUGCGGGACAGAUCCGCGCACGCAACCUGGCGGAAAUAGUCGGGAAUGAGUAUGUAUUUCCGGAGCUGCAUGCGCAAUUUGUCGCGUUAUUACAGCAGCUCUGUGCGAUGUUUGGCGGCGGGUCCCGUUGUGGCCUGCAGGAUGAUCAUCGGUCCGUAUCGAGUUCAUUCGAGGAGGAGAGUGAUAAUACGUUUUCAAGGAGGGCGUCGUUGUCAGGGGAGUCGAUGAAGAGGGGUGGUGCUGCUGGUGCCAGAGCCGGUGCAGCUUCUAGGAUGCAACGUGAUUACAGAGCUGGUGAUUCAGCUGCCGUGCUAUUAGCGCCUGCACCGAAACCGAUCCCUAUUUCCCAUCGUGGACGACAGGUAGUAGCCUAG